AUGGCAGAGAGCACCAUAUCAGCAAUCAGUACGACCAUGGCAGGCCAUACCUCUGAUCUGGAUCCAGCGCGUACUCAGAACGUAGUCUCCACAACAUCAGAUGUCGAUGUUCAUCAGGAGAGCGGGACAAAUCGUACGAAAGAAAUGCCGUUUCAGGCCAGCUUGCAAGACGAGUUAAACCCCGCUAUCGCGUUAGAAUUUGGACUUGACCUUGAUCAUCUAGUCGACCACCCCAAAUUUGACGAUGAUCCUGACCAUAUCGACUGGGACAGUUACUUUCCUUUCGCGGUAAAUGACAAUGCUGCGAAAGCCUCUCAGGAGCUGAACGACUUCGAUGACGAAAAUCAUGAGGAGAAAUCUUUUGAACCCGUGUUCGGUGCACCGGCUGUACAGCCCGAGAGCCAUUCUCUGCCAGGCUUUCCAUUCAACUUCGAUGACGACGCUGCCGCAGAGCAAAAUUUGAAUGAAAUAUUGGCUGGAUCAGCCACAUCAGCCACACAGUCGGAGGACCGUUCUUCGCAUAUCUCUUCGCCAGGUAAUUUCGAGCUUCCAGAUAGUCCACCGGGCUUGGACUUUCUUCAGAGUCUGCAGCUAAUCGGUAGGGGAAUACAACCGGCUAUGAUUCCUGAUGUAGGGUACAAUACCCAACAACUACCUCAUUCAACAGGUAACAGUGCAAUUCAGGAUUACAGGGCAAGACGACUUGCUUGGGACGGAGCUUCUAGCGCAAGCCGCGUGGCAUUAACAGGAAGCAGUGAGCCGGACCCUGAAAACGAGAGUCGAGCAGUACUGACGAACCCACGCAGACCCCUUAAAGGCUAUCAGGAAGGUGCAACCCAAGAGCAGUCUGAUAGAUCUCCGGUCCAACGAAACAAAAAAUACAAUGAGAAUAGCCUAUACACGCCUUUAAACCAAGCGCCAGAAACGUGGAGCAUCUUCGAGUAUACGAAAGACGGUGAGUUGGACCCGUCCAGGCUUUACUCCGCAGAGGAGAUCAAUCGCUACUUAUUCACUCACGUCCUACAUCAAGGUCAGCGCAAUCUGAAGGAGAGCCCCCUGAGGCUUAGGGUUCAUAAAACUCCAGCCUCAUCUGCCAAGAGGUUCCCAAGCGGAUUGAAGUGUCGCUUCCAAGGUUGCCCGAUGCGUACAAUCAAUCAAGGUCAGCUACUCAUCGUAGUAGACGAGCUUUCCGUACAGUAUCCCGACCACGACCCAUUUCUGAAUGCGGCUUAUUAUCAUCUAUACUGCAUCGAGCGCUACUGCAAUUUCACAGAGAUAUGCGCGAAGUUGAACGUCUCCGCUAAAGGUCGCGAUACACGGAAAGAGAAAGGGAGAAGGAACAGAUUUGUUUUUACUCUUAACGAAGAGAUAAGGGUAAUUGAAGAUUUCGUAAGUCAAUGUUGCGCGAAUGCGAGACGCGGAGUUGGUGGGAAUCCGUGGGUUGCACGCUGUCCAGACCAGCAAACGAGUGGCUGCUCUCACUACGAUCCACAGAGUCUUCCAUAUAAGGGAACUUUGGGCCACCAGCUCGCCGUCACAAAAUUGCACUACGGGGGACGAGGCCGCAUAAAUCUUCGGAAAAAUAGGGAGGAUAGAGCAGGAUACGAGGGCGCGAAUCUCACCCGGCAUCUAUUUGACCUCAGCAAGGAGGCUGAGUUGAGAGAAUUUUCGAGGAGGCACAGAAACCAGAAUCAGCUCAAGCCCAAUCCCAAGACUGGAAGGUCUUAUCGUGCUGAUUUUGUGGACGUGAUCGAAGAGGAUGAGCAGCCGGAUUGUAGUCAAUCCGAGCCCAGUCUUCCGCAAACACAUCAACCGUCAGCGGUAUCUAGUCCACACCAGGCUCAUGGGACGAAAAGAAACAGAGACGAACCCGACGAUGGUCAGAGUCUCGGUCAGGACAUUGUACAGGCGCACAAGAAAUCUCGACGCCAGGGUCCUGAGUUAAAGAUACCGGAGUGGAACUUGGACCGAUCGAGAAGGGUGGGAUUUGGAAUUGAGGGGGUUGAGGGAACGGUAGAUGGUAAGUACCGUAAUCAAGACGUCUGCAUGGCAGAUACGCCAGGAACAUCACCUCGUACCACGCUCGCUCCCAAGUCUCGGCGGACGCACUCGCAGCUGCAAACGACGACCACGAGUCCACCUCAAGAUGGCCGAUCCGCGUCUAUCAAUGAUCAACCGUCGAUGAAAUCGGAGGAUGAAAGCGAGGGAGAGAUCGAGCUGAAAGUUCUGGCAGCGCCAAGAAGAACGAGGUCAUUGGAGAUCGAGGAUGUGAAAGACAAAGAGAAAAAGUGUAGGUUCAGGAAGCUCAAGCUUCAGAAGGCGAAUAAAGAAAAGAGAGCCAGAGACGAGGGGGAUGAUGAUAAAGAUUGGACUGACCGAAGGGAAAAAUGGCUGAAGGCAUGA